AUGGUGGCGGAGAUGCGCAGAAUGCAGGGGCGGUGCGGCGACUAUGCAUCACAUAUAACACCAGCUGCUAUGGAUAGGCGGGAAUCAAGAUUGGAAGAGCUUUUCCAAGGGCGUCCAUUUGAUAUGUUUGAUGCUGCUUUAUCAGAUACGAUUUCCAAAUUUCCUCCAUUUAAAGAUAUGAUAGAAGGAAUGAGAAUGGAUCUAAAGAAAUCAAGAUACAAAACCUUUGAUGAAUUAUAUCUCUACUAUUACUAUGUUGCUGGAACUGUUGGUUUAAUGAGUGUUCCAGUUAUGGGAAUCUCAACGCAUUCGCAAGCCACAACUAAAAGUGUAUACAAUGCUGCCUUGGCUUAA